CAGAGAUCGGGGCAUCCCCAUGCAUGCAUGCAGCAGGCUAGGGCGGGAGGAGGGGGUAUGCAUGGCGGGAGGAGGUGGCAGCUCUGCGAUGGGCCAUGCAUUGAACUGUGGCAGUCCCGCGGCAAAGUAGAUGCCGCGAGCACGAUACGCUUUCUUGUUGACGAUUCCAUCUCGGCUCUCCAUCCAGCACUAUGGCGGAACCUCAACAGUCUGACGCAGCGAAAAAAGCCGCCGCACGAAGAGCAAAGAUCCUCGCUCGAGGUAACUCUGGCCUCAACAAGCUCGCGCAGACAGCCCGAGGCGAUGAAGCCCAGAGCCUCUACGGCAAUGACUGCACGUCGACCAUUGGUUGUGAGAUAUCAAGCUGACCUUGUUCUAGUCAAGCCGGUAUCCCAGCCAACGCCACCCCAGGCGGAACCUGUCCAGCCCUCCUGGGCUCCCCCUCCUGCCGAACCUAAAGCGCCCCGGCCGACUGCCUCUGCCUCGCCCCAACCUCAAAUGUCCUCUGAACAGGAAGCCAUGGCGCGCCAAAUGGAAGCCAUGAUGUCCAUGUUUGGCGCCCCCGGCAAUGGCGCUGCUGGAGGAGAGAUGCCCGACAUGUCAAAGCUCUUGUCUCAGAUGAUGGGUGAUCCUUCCCUCGCGGGCGGUCCCGCCGGCCAGAACCUUCUGGGCGACAUGGAUGAUCCUGCUGGUCUCGGGGCGUUUGGUGGGGCCGGUGGCGUCCCGCCCAACAUCUUUGGAGGCGCUGAUGGCUCUUCGCCCUUCCCGUUCCCUGGCAUGCAGCAACAGUCGCAAGGAAAGAGCAAAGUCGCCAGGUACUUUCCCCUCGUGCACCUCGUCGCGACUCUUUUCCUCGCGCUUUUCGCAGUGCUCUGGUGGGAGCCGGCUUUGCGAUCCGCCUCUGCUUAUCAAGAGGAGGCCACCACAUGGUCAGAGAGAUGGAGUGGCUUCUCCGGUAGGCGGGUGAAGGGUCUGGGGGAGGUCGAGGUGCUCGUAAGUGACUCCCUGUACACACGAGAUCGCCGCCAACUGAACGCCCAGCCUCUUUUCCUCGCCUUUGUCACUGUCGAACUCAUUCUCCAAAGCUCACGGCUUAUGAUCUUUAGAUCACCUCCUGCUCCUCACGCCCUCCUUCAGAACUUUCUUCCCGUCCUUCCUCAAGGGAUCGCCCGCCCUCUCCUCACCGGCUCGCGCUACCUCAAUCUUCUCAACCAGACUUACAAGGAUGGUUGUCUUUUGGUCUUUGCGGUGGGCAUGACGAUCGUAGGGGCCGAGUGGUUGCGGGGGUCGUUGAUCGUUUGAGAGUUCCUGUAUUCUGGGUAGAUAUGCAGACACUGCUACCGAUGAUUCUUGAUACGGAUGAUUCUUGAUACGAAUGAUGGGGGCAAUGCUUGUAUUCAUAAAGGUUCGUUGCGUGUUGCGUGUAUGCGCUAGUAUACAGAAAGUAGAUUAGUCUACGUAAACCCUCGUGUACACCAGGUGAAAAGGCCCAAACAAGAAUGAAAAGAAACAGUCGUUAGAGAAUCUAUAGAGCGCUAAGCUAGUACUAGAUGAUACAGAUGUGAGACAGGGUAAUAGAUCGACAGAUAGUUAGAAACAAGAAGGGAGAUCAAAGCCCACGCUCAUUGACAGGGUCGCAUUUUCCCGACCCAGCCAUGAACCCCUUUCGCAGAUACACCUCCUUAAAGACCGACAGGUUGAAACCCAGCAGCCUCACCAUCCUCUCAGUGAUAUCCUUGAUUGGCUCGACCACGCCCUCGAGCCCAAGGUUGGCGAUCAGCAACAGCUCUUCCUCUUUGUACGUUUCCAAGCACUCGUCGUGACGUGCGGUAACGGCGCGCGAAGCGCGAUUGGCUUCAAAACGCAGAUCAGAGGAAAAGAUCCACAUGGGCGAGGGGGAACCUGUCUUUGAUUGCUGAUCUUGCCCUGCCGAGGAGGCAGUGACCUUGUCGGUCGACCUGCACUUGUCCGCCGCAACGUCAAAGAAGAUACUCUUGGGGUUGAAUCGGUAGCUCAUGAAUACGUCCGUGAGGACCUUGUACAGGACCUUGCGCAUGACAAGCAUGUGGUCUUGGAGCCUCUGGGACUCUCUGCUGAUGUUGUUUCGGAGAAACAUGUACAGCUGGUCCUUGACGGGAUGGAUGUGGGCAAGUUUGUCGGGAGUGAGCAUGCCUUCGAGCUCUUCGGCCUCCGAGAUGCGCUUCAUCUCAUCGGGCAGGACGACACGAAGAGCGAGCGCAAAGGACAAUUCGUCGUAGAUGGCGUCCCGCUCAUCCUGGCCCACAGGCUCAGGAGUGAUCGCGGACACGCGGUCAAAGGCCUCGAGAAUGUCGGAGAGGAAGAAACUGUAGGUGUCGGAUGAGAUUUCCUUGUUUGGACUUUGGGUAUGUGCUCUAUAGAGCUCUCGUAUGGCCAUGAGGACCAGAUGGGU